CCCAAGGGGGACCAGAUGGUCAGACAGCAACUCUGCUCAUUUUCCCCAAAGGCAUGGACUCUCCCCGCCCCUCAAAAAACACUCCCACCCCUCAAGCUCAAUAGCUUGCGUUCCCUCCCCUCUGACGCCCCGGAGCCAGAUAAGUAGGAGGCUCUCCGGCGCUCUGUCACACUCGAGCUCAGCUCCUCCAGGAGAAAGUACAAACAAGCACAACUGCAACAAGCGAACGAAAUGAGUCCGAGCAUCUCCGCUGAGGCUGGCCAGCCUCUUCCUGCGCGCUCCACUGUGGCCCAGAGAAAACAAGCCCACGAACUCAGAAAGACUUUGAAGCCCUUGCUGGAGAAGAGAAGGCGCGCUCGCAUCAAUGACAGUCUCAGUCACUUGAAGGGUCUGAUUUUGCCUCUUGUUGGCAAAGACAACGCGCGUUACUCCAAGCUUGAGAAGGCUGAUAUUCUGGAGAUGACCGUGCGCUUCCUCAGAGAUCUUCCUUCCUCCCCGGUCAAAGACUCUGCAGACAGUUACAGAGAGGGCUACAAAGCCUGUCUCCAGCGGGUCUCCGCUCUGCUGCCCAAAACCAGCCUGGACCAGGACGCGUGCCGGCGCAUCAACGACUUCAUCCAGCAGACCAUGUCCAGCACAGUCACACCGACCUGCCUGAACUGCUGCGCCCAGAGCUCCAGGACUCUCCCUCAGAUCCAACACAGACUCUUGAGCCUCAAGUCCAGCUUCAGCUCCAGACUUGAGAGCAGGUCCCGCAGCGACCUGGGAGCCGGGGCCCCCAUCCGAGCGCAGGCCCUCCAGCAGCCGGUCAGCGCUGCCAUGUGGAGGCCUUGGUAGAAUCUAUUGGACGUUUAUCCCAUCUUUGUCAAAUUAUUAUUAUUAUUUGCCUGUUCUUAUGUUUAUUGUACGCAUUCCGUCGUUCUAGCACUGAAUAAUCGGUGGAACUGCUGUAUAUUUAUGUAUAAUGCGCUAAUUUUGCAUUUGACUCGUGACGGCGUUGACUGCCUGAAGGCAUAAAGUACAGAUCACAAACAAACUGAAGUCUAUGAACGUUUUAGAAAGCAAUCCUCUUUUGGGGUUUCAAAAGAGACGGGCUGUAGACAACACAUUGGUAAAACCCCGGGGGUUAUUUAUUUUGGAGGGUUGCACUGUGGACUUAAAUAUAUUUUGGUCUGUGCAACAGAACAGUCUGUAAACACUAUGUGUUCAAUAUAAGUAUUCAUUUUCCAUUUGUGACAUAAAAGCACUUGUUUCCUGACAUGCGAUGUGUUUUUUUUUCUGUAAGAUUUGA